UGCCGGGAGACGGCGCGGCCUCAGCGGCGGCUCGCUCGUGCGGAGGUCGCGGCUGGGCCGGUCAGCCGGCGCCAUGGCUCCCAAAAGGAAAGGGAAGAAAGGCAAAGCCAAAGGCACCCCGAUCGUCGAUGGACUCGCUCCAGAGGACAUGAGCAAGGAGCAGGUGGAGGAACACAUUGGCCGCAUCCGGGAGGAGCUGGACCGGGAGCGGGAGGAGCGCAACUACUUCCAGCUGGAGCGAGACAAGAUCCACACCUUCUGGGAGAUCACACGGAGGCAGCUGGAGGAGAAGAAGGCUGAGCUGCGGAACAAGGACCGGGAGAUGGAGGAGGCCGAGGAGCGGCACCAGGUGGAGAUCAAGGUGUACAAGCAGAAGGUGAAGCACCUGCUGUAUGAACACCAGAACAACCUGACUGAGAUGAAGGCCGAGGGCACGGUGGUGAUGAAGCUGGCCCAGAAGGAGCACCGCACGCAGGAGGGCGCCCUGCGCAAGGACAUGCGGGCGCUGAAGGUGGAGCUCAGGGAGCAGGAGCUGGCCAGCGAGGUGGUGGUGAAGAACCUGCGGCUGAAACACACUGAGGAGAUCACUAAGAUGCGGAACGACUUUGAGAGGCAAGUUCGAGAGAUUGAGUCCAAGUACGAUAAGAAGAUGAAGAUGCUUCGGGAUGAACUUGACCUGCGGAGGAAGACUGAGAUCCACGAGGUGGAGGAGAGGAAGAACAGCCAGAUCAACACGCUGAUGCAGCGCCACGAAGAGGCCUUCACCGACAUCAAGAACUACUACAACGACAUCACCCUGAACAACCUGGCCCUCAUCAACUCCCUUAAGGAGCAAAUGGAGGACAUGCGGAAGAAGGAAGAACACCUGGAGAGGGAGAUGGCGGAGGUGUCCAUGCAGAACAAGCGCCUGGCCGACCCUCUGCAGAAGGCGCGGGACGAGAUGCACGAGAUGCAGAAGCAGCUUGGGAACUACGAGCGGGACAAGCAGAUCCUGGUCUGCACAAAGGCACGUUUGAAAGUCACUGAGAAGGAGCUGAAAGACCUGCAGUGGGAGCACGAAGUGCUGGAGCAGCGGUUCCUGAAGGUACAACAGGAGCGCGAUGAGCUCUACCAGAAGUUCACAGCCGCCAUCCAAGAGGUGCAGCAGAAGACAGGCUUCAAGAACCUGCUGCUGGAACGCAAGCUGCAGGCCCUGAAUGCCGCUGUGGAGAAGAGGGAGGUGCAGUUCAACGAGGUGCUGGCCGCCUCCAACCUGGACCCUGCCACCCUGACACUUGUGUCCCGCAAACUGGAGGAUGUCCUGGAAUCCAAGAACAGCACCAUCAAGGACCUGCAGUAUGAGCUGGCCCGGGUCUGCAAGGCUCACAAUGACCUGCUACGCACGUAUGAGGCAAAACUGCUGGCCUUUGGGAUCCCCCUGGACAAUGUGGGCUUCAAGCCGCUGGAGACAGCCGUGGUCGGACAGACACUGGGCCAGGGCCCUGCCGGACUGGUGGGCUCUCCGACAUAGCUGCCCUACCCAGGGCUGUCCUCUGUAGGACCCUCUCACCACUGUGACAGCAAGCUUUUGUUUUUAGAUUUCUGCAGCAAUUGAAGGUUUUGCACA